UCUAGCAAGACAUCAUUAUAAAAUAGUAGUCUCAAAAUAAAAACAACUAUUGUAUUACUUCUGUUGAAUAAUGAAGACCUAGUGUCAACCUUAUGCGAACUGCGAUUCUUCUGAAUUUUAAAAUGGCCACUUUUCUCAUUGGGAAAAUACUUGUUAUUAUUGUGUGUAAUAUACUUGGCCAUCAAUGUUCUUUCAUAGCAAGUGAGUCAAAGGACGAGUAUCUCGAUGCUAUUCAGAACGUGGAAGCUCUUGACAGCAGAGAAUUUAACCGGUAUAGAAGAAAAGGUACAUUGGAGCACAACAAACAGGUUUAUAAAGACAAAUCAUCAAAAAAUACGAAGAAUGUAAUUUUAAAAGACAUCAACAUCUCUAUCAACGUAGGCUCCGAGUGUCAUGUAUAUAAUCUCACUGUUGACUGUUCAAAGCUACAUCUAAAGGAAAUAAAUUCUUCCUGGUUUACGAAUAACACGGAGAUGAUUUUACUGAACGACAAUCUCCUGACUCGACUCGUCAAUUCAACAUUUGUACACUUAAGUCAUUUAACUCAUUUAGAUCUCUCAAACAAUGAGAUUUCACUCAUUGAUCUUCUCGCAUUUGACGGUUUGACCAGUUUGAAAUAUUUAAGCCUACGUCACAAUAGCAUCUCUUUUAACGAGGUUUCCACUAACAUUUUAAAACCUUUAAAUAAUUUGCAGCUAUUGAAUCUAAUACAGCAGCCUAGUGCUGGAAUAACCGAUGUUCCAGUUUCAUUGUUGCAAUCAUUGACAAAGUUACGCACUCUGGCGAUUAAUACAUUUAAUUCUACUCUCUACUUUGGGCCUGAGUUCCUUAACUUAACGCAUCUGGAAGUAUUAGAGAUUACUGGAUCAACAAGAAACGUAACUGAGUCAUCCUUUAAAAAUGUCAAUGGCUUAAAAGAGCUGAUUGUACGAGACAUGCCAUUAUUGAAACGAAUGGAUGACAAAGUAUUUGUACAUUUAGACAAACUAACGAGUCUUACACUGGCGUAUGUUUCAAUAGAUUUGCAGAGGGUUUUAGCUUUGUUGUGGCCGUUUAAGGGAAGAUCAAUGUCUGAGAUUUAUUUACAAGGCGUUACUACGACAUUGUAUUUGCCUAAUCUAAUGAAAAACGGCUAUAUCACUAAAAAAGACUUGAUGUAUGUAACAGACAUCUGUUUAGACACAUUUACAGUAAUAGAUUGUAAUAUAUAUUACAUAACGGCGGAUGCCUUUUCAAACAGAACAACAUGGGAUCGUUGUCUGCGUAAUAUGUAUAUAUCAAGAAACCCAUUCAUUGGAAGUUCAUUUGUUUUCUUUCCACUAGUCCUACUACAGAACUUGACUAAACUUACUGUUAGUGAAGGUAUAAGAACAUGUCAGACGUUUUCUCCGUUCCCACGUUUAAGUUUUAUGGAAUAUUUCUUUCAAGACAUUUCAAUCCACAAUUUAUCUUUUGAUGGUCAAACGAAAUUUAAAAACAAUUUAGCAAAUCAAGAACUUAGCAUUCUGAAUGGCACUUUCUAUUUAUAUGUCUCUAAGAGUUUAAUUAUUUGGAAUUUAAAACGAUUGGUGCCUGGUUUAUCAUUACAACUGGACGUCACUUUUUGUGGAGCUGAUAACCUUCAAUACAUUGAUAUAUCAGACAGCGGUUUUCACACAUUUACUGGACAUAUUCGCGGUUUAUCGUCAGUCAAAACUGCAAUAAUCUCAGGGAAUGAUAUCUCUAUUCUUUCUGAAUACUUUCUAGAUGAAAUAUAUGGCUUAGAGAAUUUGGCUGUGUCUAAAUGUCAGCUUGAUAGAAAUUUUAUCGCACUGAAAAGUGCUCGUAUCCUACAGAAUAUAACAAAACUAAAAGUGCUUGAUAUUUCCAACAACUCGCUAAAUGGUUUAAGCAAAGGAACUUUCUCUCGAAAUUCAGAACUAACAUAUUUAAGUUUAUCUGGCAAUCAGUUCAAAGACAUUCCGUUUGAUUUAAAAUUUACUCCGAAUCUUAAAAUUUUAGAUUUAAGUAGUAAUAUCAUCACUACUCUCACAACGGACACUACUGAAGCCUUGGAUUUAUUAAAUUCAAGGAACGGAGGGUUUCAGCUCAUGUUAAAUGGAAACAUACUUUCUUGUGGUUGCCAUGAUUUAUCUUUUCUUCAAUGGUUGAAUUCAACUUUAGUUAGUUUAGACAACAAUAGAAACUACACCUGCAUGAACAAAGAUGGUGAAAGGACAAACACAUUGACAUUCUCUGAUCUAGAAUCUCUCUGGAGACAAUGUUGGGGCGAAUUCUUCUUCUACAUUGCGUUGAUUACAUUAUGUCUGUAUGUUAUUGGUGCAGUCUUAAUAUUUCUGAUAUUGAGGAAUAAAAACUUUUUUGUUUCGUAUUUCUUACAAAUUUUUGGCAAUUCCAAACUUCACACCAGAUUCGAUUAUAAGACAGAUGUUUAUAUUGGAUAUUCAGAAGAAGACUAUCGAUUUCCUUGCAUUGAACUACGCGAACAUCUAGAAAGAAAUUUGAAAUUGAGCACUUUUUUAAUAGACAGAGAUCUUUUGGCAUCUUUGGACAAAGCCAGUGGUAUCAUGGAUGCAAUCAACUCUUGUUGGAGAGUUUUACUUGUCUGCAGUAAGAGCUUCUUAACGGACGAGGACUGGUCAAUGUUUACACUGAGGUCAGCCAUGUACGCACAAAAUCCAUCUAAUCCUGCAAGAAUUGUUUUAAUGGUUCAUACGAGUUGUCUCUUUUUGCUUCCCACAGAACUGUUAAGUGUCGUCAACGAUGAAAAUAUUUUAGUUGUUUCUGAGUGGAAAAUAAACUACAUUCUAAGUGAAAUGUUGAGAACACGUUUGAUGGCUUAAAGUCAUUUUUACAUGUCACUAUAUGUCAUACAGUGGGAGCUUUAUACGAAAUGAAAAAAAAAAAUUCUCUGCUUUCGAAAUUAAUAACGAUAAUAUAAUAAUUCACUAUUCAGAUUAAUUUAACAAUAUCGUAAAAUAUAACAAAGCAACAUAAAUCUCAGAGAUUAUUUUAAAAAAAUAAAUAAAUAAACUUUAUACAAUGGUAAAACUGCCAGCAAGAUCAUAGGCAAUAAACAAACCGCACUUGGAUACCUAUUUGAGAAAAACGGUGCUAAGAAAGUUAUACAGAUUUUAAGCAAUAAAAAAUCUGCCUCUUCUGUAUGGUUUUAACAUUUGACCAUCACAAAGAAAAUAUAAAACACUAAUCACAAAAACAAAGAGAACAAUAUGGAACUUACUGUUGUAACUUUCGCAUGUAAUGUUAAGGAGAAACUGGGGUAAGAACGUAUAUCUUGUGUGUAUUGUAUAAAUGUUUGAUCUAAUCAUGUAUAUUUUUUAAACGUUUAAUUUUAAAACAAAUUUCCUCACGGAUAAUAAACAUUAUUAGUAGUAUUAUUAUUAUGUUAGAAACGAAUGGGUAUUCAUUUUCUGACACUACCAGGGUCGAGUUUUGCUAAAGAGAAACAAAGUUCACCGUAGUCUCUUUAUUAGUUUUCAAUGAGAAAUUUUCUGGUGAUGUUGCAGGUCUGCAGCAGUACCGACAUCUGGCAGGCAACGAGGAUCUUCCUAGGAAUGUUACGAGCCUUGAGAGUAUCUGUGUAUUAUUAUUCUUAUUAUUGUUAUAAAUGAACGAGUAGUCAUUCUCUGGCGCUGCCAGGGUCGAGUUUCGCUAAAGAGAAACAAAAUUCAUCGUAGUCCCUUUAACAGUUUCCACUGAGGAAUUUUCUGGUGAUGUGGCAGGUUUGCAGCAGUACCGCCCUCUGACAGGCAACGAAGAUGUUCCUAGGAAUGUUAAGGGCCUUGAGGGUGUCUGUGAAGUCAGUUGUUAUUAUCCCCUCGGUUGAUAUAACAAUGGGUAUGUUGUUAUUUUGGACAAUUUCCAUAGACGCUUAAUCUCCAAGCCUAGGUUCCCAUAUUUUCUUUGCUUUUCUAUCUCAGUUAUGAGACAGUGGUACGGCGAUAUCGAUAAUGGUAGCGGUAUUUUCUUUUUUAUCGAUGAACAGCAGAUCCGGGCGAUUGAAAUCUACCGUUUUGUCGGUCAGAAUAGGCCUAUCCCAGUACAUCAGAUGUUCAGUAGACUCGAGAACCUCUUGUGGAAAGUAUUUAUAAUAAGGAGGAGUGUACUUACCGAUCAAAUUGUACUUUAAAGCAAGGUGUUGGUGUAUUAACUUUGCAACUUGGUUAUGGCGACCUAGGUAGGCGGAUUCUGAUAGGGCUGAACAUCCUGUCAUAAUGUGUUCAAUCGACUCGCCCACAUUUCCACAUUUUCGGCAUUUGUCGACAACAUUAAGUUUCAUGAUAUGCUUUUCGUAAUUUUUUGUCCUGAUGACUCUGUCCUGUAUUGCUAAUAUGACUGCGAAGCAACCACUCUGAACCUACACAAUGCUGAUGUCAAUGUCGGUUUGGACGACGUAGGGCAUGAGAUUCGCCAAUGGGAAGAAAAAACACUCCACGGAAAAUUUCCGGCUUCAUUACAUGGGGACAACAUCGACAAGGCUGCUUCCUUAACAUGGCUCAAAGCAGGUCAUCUCUACCCUGAAACAGAAGGCUUUGUUACAGCAAUACAGGACAGAGAAAUCAGGACAAAAAAAUUACGAGAAUUAUUAUUAAUUGUUGAUUUUUUAAAUCGCAUAAACUGUUAGGCAUUUCUUAAGCACUAAAAACGGUCAUUCUAAACUAUACCCUGUCCAUGACGUGGUGAUAAUCAACCGUUCGCAACCUCAGCCUUAAGAGCUGUCAAUCAGAAUGUUAACUCUUUCUCUCCGUAUUUAUUUACCACAUUCUGGUGGAAUCAACGUUGGCAUCUUCAGUUAGAAGAGAAAGAGUUAAAGAAAAAAGUAAUGAAAAAGUAUUAGAUGUUGCCUUAACACGUAUUUUGGAAAUUUAUAAUUAUCAAAAAUAGGUUGAGGAUUAUCGAGCAUAAAUGUCUUAAAAUAUGUGAAAAAAAUGACAGUAAACUUUAAAAUUAUUUUACAAAGAAGAAAGCUUCAGAAAGUAAAAUUUUAUCCACAUGCAAAACAGCAGCUAGUUUCUAGACAUGACUGCUACAUCAUAAUGAUAGGCACCCAACUUAUUAAAUAUUUAGAAACUGAUUUAUAGUUUUUUUUAAUAUAUUUUUCAAAACGUCUCUUUAGAUGCAUUUCAGAAACGAGGCUAUCUGGGUCACUUCCUUUGACGAUAUCUCAUUACUGAUCUUAAUGAGUCGAUGUAAACAUUACAGUUAGAAAGUCUUCUAUUGUCCACUUCAAUUUUCACUUCCUCAAAUGUUAUUCCCACAGACGAAACAAUUCGUUUAGACUUUUUAUGUAAGCGCUUUGUGUAGGCCGCCUUCAUGAGUAAAUCGACCAAGGCUUAUAAAGAACUGUUUACUGUAGCUAUUGAACUGUAUUCUGUAGGAACACUAUCAUUCAAAUUUAUUUAAAAGUUCAGGAAGCCAUUGCAUGUGUUUAAAGAAACCAGUCUUAUUUUUCAGUUUGAUUCGUUUUUCUUUCUACUGCCUCAAAGAAAUCUUAAAAUGUAGCCAACAAUAUCCUUGUAUGAUACAUUAAAAUAUCCUUGUAUGAUACAUUAUAAUAUCCUUUUAUGAUUCCUUAAGAUCUCCUUGUAUAAUAACUUAAAAUAUCAUUGUAUUAUUAUUAACACUAUCCUUGUAUGAUAAUUACAUGCGCAUAACAGCAUCCUUGCAUGAUACCUCACAAUAUCUUUGUAUGAUACCUUUUUUGUUUUAGCUUAUUAUAUUCUUAUACAAUACCUAAAUUUAUCAUUUUCUGUGUUAGUUCCUAUAUCCUUAAGUUAAAUAUUACCCAUUGUUACUUUAUUUUACAUUGUAAUCCAAUUGGACAAGGUAUGCGUAGAUACACAAGCUGCUAGAUGUAAGAGAGAUGAUUGAAAUAAGUUCGAGAAAGCAUUGAAUAGAUUCACACAAACACAGAAAAAGUAAACAGCUAGAUCUAGUUUAAUUUAAAAACGAUUAAAUUUUGGGCCCUUAUUAGCGCCCCCGAAAGGGGAAUGGACGCUAUUAGUUCAGUGUGAAAUGUCUGUCCGUCGGUCUGUCCGUCCCGUUUAGAUCUCGAAAACUAGAAAAGAUAGUGAAAAUCCGAUAUCGCAAUAUUUUAGACCAUUCAAAGUUCUGAUGCAACGGCUACUUUUUUUUUCUGGAUGCGAAAAAUCUAAUUUUUAAAUCACUUAUUCAAGCAGUUUUUUUUUUUAAAAAAGCUAUUUAGUAUGCAUUAAAAGUUAGACCUAAUUUAAAACAGUUAUCUUGUAAAAUGCAUUUUCUUGAACAAUUAUUUUGCACAAUGGCAAAUGUUAAUUAUGUUUUAAUUUUGAGGAUUCGAAUAAGGGAUUGAGACUUUUCUAAACAAUUACAUCAAUUAUAACAAUUGAGUUAGGCCAGGUGAGGCGCUGUAUCUCAGCGGUAAAGCUCUUGGCUUCCGAACCGGGGGUCCCGGGUUUGAAUUCUGGUGAAGACUGGGUUUUUCAACUUUGUGCGCCUCUGAGUCCACCCAGCUCUAAUGGGUACCUGACAUUAAUUGGGGAAAAGUAAAGGCGGUUGGUCGUUGUGCUGGCUACAUGACAACCUCGUUAACCAUAGGCCACAAAAACAGACGAACUUUACAUCAUCUGCCCUAUAGACCACAAGGUCUGAAAGGGGAACUAGUUAGGCCAGGUUCAAAUAUAACUUUGCAUUUACUUGCACCUAUUAUUUGAUCUGCUGGACCGUUGGGGCACUAAACAAGCUCUGUCAACCUUCUUUCUCCAUUCUUAUCUCUCAUUUGUCUUUGAUAUAAUUUCAUUCGGAUGUUCUUUCUGAAAAUAUUGAAGCCUGCCUGGUUGGACCACUUCGGGGGCCGAUUUUGAAUUUGUGUUUCCACACAAACUGUCUUUGUAACCUUGUUUAAAUUAACUUUAAAAAGACGAUAUGUAGUAGCGUUGUAACUCUGCCCUGCCCAAGCGCUUAUAGUGCUUAACAGCAUACUAUCCAUCACUGGAUAUGAAGGAGCUGUUUAAACGCUAAAGAAGGGACAGUUGAUUUUUGCUCAAGUGAAAGGAAGAACGUCUUUUAACAUACUAAAUGGUAACAUGUAUAUUUAUGUCUCUAAGGAUUCGUUCGGUUGGUUUCACAACGACUGAUGCCUGAUUUAUUAUCACCAAAGAAUUAUACCUAUCGUGUUAGCGAGGAAAGAGCCGGACUAUGACCUUAUGAUAGCUGGGAUAGAGAGAUAGACUCAGACUAUGACCUUAUUAUAGCUGGUUUAGAGUGAUAGACGCAGACUAGACUUUAUGUUAGCUGCGAUAGAGACAUCUUCACAGUGUGCUCAGUAGGUGGUAUUUGUCAUGCGCAUCUUCUUUUGGUGUUUUCCUUUGUGUACCAUAAGAGAUUGUGAUUUGGUUUCUAGGAACGCACUUUUGUUGAUGUCAUUUUCUAAGUUUUUUUGAUUCUGUUGUGUGAUGAGGCUAGAUCUCCUGUGAGUUUCUUUUAUGGGUUUUCUUCCCCAGUAUUGGGGACUCAGGCUUGGGACUCUGCUGGAGCCGAGUCUGAGUUGCAGGAUUGGUAUUUGACUAUUGCCCGUGGCGUUCAGUUGGGCGUUGUGAGCCCUGCUGGACUAUGGCACUGAGAUUAAGGUGUGCUAUAGUUCCUUUGAAUGUAAUUUGUAAUUGCUAUUGAUAUUAAUUCGUAAUGUAUGCUUCAUCAUAUCAUAUUUUCAUUAAAUUGUUAAACGUACAAUCUUGUUGUUAACUAAUGUACAUUAACUUACGUUGUCAUUAAUAUUGUUCACGUUGAACAACUGUUGGUAUUGACUAAAUGUUCAGUUGAAUAACUUUCAUUCAAUGUGUGUAUUUUACAUGGUAUUACCUUUAUGUUCUUGCGUUACACUGUUCAGGUUGGGAAUACGGGACCAUAAUAUCAUACCCUAGCUAAUCUGAAAUCCAACCAUGACAGUAUUAACCUUCCUUUGUGGGCCAAGGAGUCAGCAAUGGUGUUUGGGAAUUUUGAACGAUGUCUGACGUUCUAGAGAGGAGAAUCCUCGCAAUGGAAUCAACAUACU